AUGGAGUACGCAUGCUCCGAGUCCUCUGCAUCGGCCUCCCGGAAGAGGCCCGCCACCAAUUCUGGCACCGGCUCAUCGGAGUCCUGUGACUCCGACGGAACCGGGGAUUCUUCGUUCACCACGGUGAACUCCAAGCGCAACGGUAAACGCGCCGCUAAAAACCGCACCCUCCCUGUCUCAGCGGCCCCUGCCGCUCCUUCAACCUCCGCAGCUCCCGCUGCCGCCUCUGCCCCCGCAGCCCCCGCCGCUGCCCCCUCAGGGACCUCUACGGCCCCCUCCGGGCUUCUCUCAGCCUAUGCAGCCUCCAGUCUUUCCCUGGGGCCCCAAAAAGGCAGUACCACCGCGGACAUCCUCCGCCCCUCAACCACAACAAUCACAGCCCUCAAUGGCUGA